AAUUCCGCGAAAAGACGUCAUCAAAAUUUGCGAAAAACGUCAAGCACAGGGAUUUUCAUCAAAACAAUGGCAGACUUCGACACAAUAUACGAAGAAACAGAUGAUGACAGUAAUGCCGGAGAAUAUGUGAUGCCUGUUCCCGAUCCUAUAUUCAUAAGAGGUGCUGGUAAUAUAACAUUAUUUGGGCUGAGUAACAGAUUUAAUGCAGAAUUCCCAUCAAGUCUAACAGGAAAAGUUGCACCGGAAGAGUUUAGAGAAACAGUUUUACGUAUAAAUAGUACACUAAAGAAAGCCCUUCCAGUCAAUAUAAAGUGGUUACUGUGUGGUUGUAUAUGUUGUUGUUGUACACUCGGCUGUUCAUUAUGGCCCGUAGUCUGCUUAAAUAAAAGGACCAGACACUCUAUAGAGAAGGUUUUAGAUUGGGAAAAUAGUCAUUUAUAUCACAAGCUUGGCCUACAUUGGAGGUUAUCAAAACAGAGAUGUGAUAGCAGUAGUAUGAUGGAAUAUGUUUUGAUUGUAGAAUUUAUACCAAAGGUCUCAAUAUUCCGUCCUGACUGACCGCCACGUACAGACAUAGUGGAUAACGUUGUCUCAUAAACCAAAAUAAAUAUCAAAUAGAAAACAGUGAUAAAUGUAUAGUGGACUGCAGAAAACAGUGAUAAAUAUAUACAGUGGACUGAUGGGCUAGAUUAGAUGCACUGGUGCUUUUUUCAACCAUUACACAGUGAGCAGUGUUUGAUAUAUCACUCAAUUUCAUUCUCAUACUGCAGGGUAAAGGACGGCUUCAUAGAAUGUGUGGGAAAAUGGAUUAUAAGCUUUCUUUUAUUGCUUCAGACCAACAGCUGCAAUACUUGUAGUUUUGAUAGAUAUAAUUUUAAUAUAUAGACAUUGAUGACUUUUUCCGGAGCACUAUAAAUGUAGACCAAUGUUUUUACACUCUAAGAGAUUGUCAGAAAGUGGCAUGCAAGUUUUACUUCGAUCUGGUUAGAACAAAAUGGGAGUAUUAUUGUAUAUUCCCUUAUUAGUGCCCCAUGGGGAUAUUUAUUAUGUUUUGUAAAAGAGGAGCAUUUAGUAAGACUCUAAAUAAUGGGGUAUUUUUACAUGGAUUCUAGUAUAAAACUUGUUUUGUCACAUUUUGGGGGUGUUUUAUUAGGAGAGUAAACAUGUGUUAAUAGAGAGAUUCUGGCACUUCUGUGCUGUUAAAACCGAUUUUUAUGUAUGCGCGUUUUGCUGCAAUGUGAAAAGGCAUUACUACCCUAAUAUAGAUAAAUGCAAAAGGAAAUGAAAAAUGAAGCAACACAGACAUUUUGGCAUAUUUCAUGGAAAUUUAAUGACACUGAGGGACAGUAUAUUCAUUUAUUAGUUUUUACAUGUUUUAUGCUUGAAUAGCGUUAGUGCAUUUCAUGUUAUGACAUUUUCAGAAUUCCUCAGGAUAUAUUGUUACCCUAGCUCUACCAGGCUCUGGCACCAGCCAAUCCUUCAGGGUUCUGCAGAUGUUAUUACCCAAAAAAAACAUAAGAUAUUCCUACAUUUUAGUAAACUAUAAAUGCAACUUAUAACAAAUUAAUUCCAACAAUUAUUGCACUACCUUAUUUCUGCUAUCCACUUAUGACCCAAGAUUAAAUGAUAUAUUAUAUGGAAAAUGGUGUGGGGGUGGAUUCGAUGGGGUUGGGGGGGGUUAAUUAAAGAAUAUACAGUGUAAACUUCUAAGAUUGUUUACACAUAUUUAAGUAGUAAACAGUUAUUGACAUCAGUUAACUACAGGAUAUUGUUAAUAGCCAACAACAUUAAUAAAUAAACUUUUUAGAAUACUGAUUAAUUAUUGCUGAAGAAAACAAGCAAUGUAUUUUUUAUGAAAAUUCAGUAGACCUUAAAAGUAAAUGUGAUGCAAUUGCAAAAUAAUGUAUUCACAAAAAUCUCUUUUUUCACCGAAAUUGAAUUUUAAAAUUUUGUUUCCAGUAAUUGUGCAAUUAGUAAAGAUAUGAAUGUGUUAUAAAAGAAAUGAUGGAUGAAGCUGUAUGAAAACAGAACCAUACUUUAUAUCCACCUUAUUGUGAUUAACAAUUAGCUUUUGUACACAAAAAUUGUGUUUUGUAUCGCUGAUAAUUUGUUAUGUUAGUUGCUUUUUCAUUAAAUGAUCAUCUGCUCCUCGUCAGUAACACAUUGUUUCUAAUUUAAAUUCAUCUCUCUUAUUUAGUUUCUUAAAUUAAAGUAAACAUGAUUUAAAUAUGAAAAACAACAUUUAAAAAUGAAUUAAGAAUGAUAGAGAAAUUAAACAAUUAACAAAAAAGCAUGUUAUGAAUUGUUCACUUUACUUAAAUGUAUACACACUAGAACUUCAAAGACCUCUCAUCCAUUUAUAGCAACUUUUUCAUUCUUGCAACUUUUAUUCAAUAUCUUUAUUUUCUCUCUUAUUAAUAUUGAAUGGAAAUUAAGAUUUGAUUAGUCAGCUUGUACUUAAUUAUCAAGAAAAAUCAGAAGUCUCUAACAAUUCAGAUAUACACCCCUUUUCGACUUUUCUUUUAAGCUCGACUUUUCGAGGAAAAAGUAGUUAUUGCACUCGCUCCGGCGUCUGCAUCACCGUCACCAUUGAUUAAAGUUUUUGAUAAAGUCAAGUAUCUCUGUUACUAUCAAAGUUAUUUUCUUGGAACUUAAAAUAGUUAUUUACUAUCAAAGUCUUCACCAGGAGAAACAAUUCCCAUAACUCAGAUUUGAAUUUUGACAGAGUUAUUCCCUGUUUCAACUUAGAAUUUUUUGGUUAUUAAGUUUUUACUGGCAAUUACUCUAAUUAAGAGUCAAGCACUGAGAAAAGUCGGUGUGCUGUCUUACAGACAGUUCUUGUUCAGAGUAUUUUCCAUGUCCUGUAAAGGAGACAUUAACUCUAAAUUGCUGUAAGAUCUCUGAAUGCCUUAAAAAGGAUAAUACUGAGGUUUACAGAUGUCAGACCUAUGUUAGUGCUCCUGAAAAUGUGUCAUUUUAGAACCACUAUCUCAUCUUUCCCUUUCAUAUUAUUUACAUAGCCAUACCAUUGCAUAUAUAUAUUGUUGUAGAUUGUUGUUCUAUAUGUAUUUAUUUUUGUCUGACUAGUCCAAAAUCUCAUUGCCACCACUUUGUUUCAGUUUGUAUUUUAAUGUUGUUUCAGGACAUGAAUUUUGUUAGUGAAAUAAAUGUAGAGAAAUGAUAUUUAUGACUAUAUAUAUUUUUGUGGAAUAUUGGUAAUUGUGUAAAAUAUCUGCUGUAAGUAUUUAGGUUAUUUUGAGUAGGUGCAGUCUAGAUACAUGUAUGUUUUGUCUGUUUUCUGAGAAAAGCAUCUACAGUUGUCAUGAGAUAUACAUGGUGUGCAAAGAACUUAUUCUCUUUUUAGACUAAAUUGUCAUGAAUUUUACAGUUUUAAAAAGUUCUGAUAACAUCAUACUUGACAGUUUGCUAUAUAUUAUACCAGAUUUAUAUAGCGCCCAUUUCAUGAUAAAUACAUUCAAAUGUGCUUUACAUAGUGCAAAGGCAGCCACUCAGGGUGCCAAAUUCAUCCUCUACUAGUACAGACACAGUGGGAUCUGACCAGAGAGACAGAGGGAGCUAAGCCCCCAGAACGGAGAGAGAAAUCCUUUUAGAUACAGGCCUGUCCAGCUAACUUAGCCUAGCUCUUUGUGAAUAGACAGUCUGGUUCUUUAACAUGCCUGGUGUAAAGCACCAAUACACGCGAAGCCAUCUUUCGCGUGAAGAACCAGUCAUAGCGCCUUAGGUAGGAGACAUGCAAGAGCAUCUCAGAAAUUUCCAGUGCCUGGACCGGGAUUUGAACCCCAGACCUCUUGAUUGACAAUCAAGUGUGUUAUCACUAGAUGAUUGGGCCACCAAUUAUAUGGAUCCGCUCCUUUACAAAGUACUUACACACUGGCCAGAGAUGUAUUAAAUGUAACUCCACCUUACUGUGCAAGUUAAGGGCACAUUUCCAGAGCUUUUGACCAGGUUAAAGUUCAUUCUAACUUGUUCAUACUGCAUAUUGACAGAUUUUAGAGAUGUACUUGUAUGCACAUCAGUACAUGUAAUAAAACACCGCGUCUAAAUAUUGUCUGAUAAAAUAAAUUGAGUUGCUUUUAUGUAAAUCAUCCAAUUUUUGUUUAACAAAAUUGAUUGCAUACAAAUAAACUGUAGUUAGAUAUAAUUGUGAAUAAGCAUUGUUUGAAUUUUAUGUGGAAAGUAUAUAAAGUAGAAGUAUUAGAUAUUGUAGAUAAGGACAUAUCUGUCACAGUUUGUAAAUAAAAUAAUUAUAUAUAUUUUUUAGCUCACCUAUCGUCUGUCUGUCAACAUUUUGCUUGUGUAUGCAAUAGAGGCAGUAUUUUUCAAUCGAUCUUCAUGAAAUUUGGUCAGAAUGAUUGCCUUGAUGAAAUCUACCGGUAGGCCAAGUUUGAAUAUGGGUCAUCUGGGGUCAAAAACUAGGUCAAAUCAACGAUAAACCUCGUGUAUGCAAUAGAGGCUGUAUUUUUCAACUUAUCUUCAUGAAAUUUGGUCAAAAUGAUAGCCUUGAUAAAAUCUAGGCCGAAUUCGAAAAUGGGUCAUCUGGGUUCAAAAACUAGGUGACUAGGCCAAAUCUAAGAAAAACCUUGUGUAUGCGAUAGAGGUUGUAAUUUUCAAUUAAUCUUCAUAAAUUUUGGCCAGAAUGAUUGCCUUGAUGAAAUCUAGGUCAAGUUCGAAUAUGGGUCAUCUUGGGUCAAAAAAUAGGUCAUUGGUUCAAAUCGAAGAAAAACCUUUUGUAUGCGAUAGAGGCUGUAUUUUUCAGUUGAUCUUCCUGAAAUUAAGUCAGAAUGAUAACCUUAAAGAAAUCAAGGCUGAGUUUGAAAAUAGGUCAUCUGGUUUCAAAAAGUAGGUCACUAGGUCAAAUCAAAGAAAAAACCUUGUGUAUGCAUUACAGGCUAUAUUUUUUUUCAAUUGAUCUUCCUGAAAUAAAGUCAGAAUGAUUGCCUUGAUGAAAUCUAGGUCAAGUUUGAAUAUGGGUCAUCUUGGGUCAAAAAGUAGGUCACCAGGUCAAAUCAAAGAAAAACUUUGUGUAUGCAUUACAGGCUAUAUUUUUCAGUUGAUCUUCCUGAAAUAAAGUCAGAAUGAUAGCCUUGUUAAAAUCUAGGUCAAAUUUGAAUAUGGGUCAUCUUGGGUCAAAAAUUAGGUCACUAGGUCAAAUCAAAGAAAAACCUUGUGUAUAGGAUAGAGGCUGUACUUUUCAAUUGAUCUUCAUGAAAUUUGGUUAGAGUGUUUGCCUUGAUGAAAUCUAGGUCAAGUUCGAAUAUGGGUCAUUUGGGUUCAAAAAGUAGGUCACUAGGUCAAAUCAAAGAAAAACCUUGUGUAUGCGAUAGAGGCUGUAUUUUUCAAUUGAUCUUCAUGAAAUUUGGCCAGAAUGAUUGCUUUGAUGAAAUCUAGGUCCAUUUCAAAUAUGGAUCAUCUUGGGUCAAAAAGUAGGUCACUAGGUCAAAUCAAAGAAAAACCUUGUGUAUGCGAUAGAGGCUGUAUUUUUCAAUUGAUCUUCCUGAAAUUAAGUCAGAAUGAUUUCCUUGAUGAAAUCCAGGUAGUAUUUGAAUAUGGGUCAUCUAGGUUCAAGAAGUAGGUCACUAAGUUAAAUAAAAGAAAAACCUCGUGUCUGUGAUAGAGGCUGUAUUUUUCAGUUGAUCUUCAUGAAAUUUGAUCAGAAUGAUAGCCUUGAUGAAAUCUAGGUCAAGUUUGAAUAUAGGUCAUCUGGGGUUAAAAACUAGGUCACUAGGUCAAAUCAAAGAAAAUACUUGUUUAUACUCAAGAUUUUUGCCCCAAUUUUAAUGAUAAUUGGUCAGAAUAUUUUUUUUCCAUGAAAUCACUAGAUCAAACAAGUUUACACUGUUAUGGUGUGUUUCUCAGGUGACCGACCUAGGGCCAUCUUGGCCCUCUUGUUAGUUAGUGGAGUGAUUGGAUAGAAUAUGUUGAAAGUUUGAUAUGGGACUUUGCUUGAGUCUGAUUUUUGCUGUAAGUGAGAGGAAAGUUAAAUAGAAAAAUUGGUAUAAUAUAGUUUUUGAUAGUUGACUAUACAUAAAUGUAGUUUAAUACUGAUUACAGUAUUUCCUGUGUAUGAGCCGUGCCAUGAGAAAACCAACAUAGUGGCUUUGCGACCAGCAUGGAUCCAGACCAGCCUGCGCAUCCGCGCAGUCUGGUCAGGAUCCAUGCUGUUCGCUUUUAAAGCCUAUUGGGAUUGGAGAAACCGUUAGCAAACAGCAUGGAUCCUGACCAGACUGCGCGGAUGCGCAGGCUGGUCUGGAUCCAUGCUGGUCGCAAAGCCACUAUGUUGGUUUUCCCAUGGCACGGCUCAUAUCAUUAUAUACUGUUAACAUUGUAAAACUUUACUUCAUGUACAAUCCUUUAUCUCUUAUUAAUCCUACAAAUUUACAAGAGAAAACAUUUUGUUUGGAUAAAUAGUAUUAUGAAACCCAAACCACUGGCUUUAAAUUUGCAGGACCAGCUUUUUAGAUGGCAUAUUUGACUUGUUGUACAUAUAAAUAUGUUGGAGUUGACUACCAAUUGUUACAUCCUUAAGAUGAGAUUAAUAUUGGUAAGUUGUCAGUUACUGAUGGAACUGGUUGAUCUGCCAGUGGUCAGACAGUCUUGUUCUGAUUCUUGAGUAUGCCUUGGCUUUAGACUGGCAAGCUUCACAAGAUGAUUGUUUGUGGUUACUGAAUUCUUUCUAUAUGGGGUCAGUUUGUCAAAGGCCAAAGUGGAAGUUGGACUAAAUAUGGUUUCUGGUCAGUAGCUAGAUAACACUUGCGCCUGCAACCAUCCAACUCAAUAGCAUUAUUGUCCUUAUUCAGUAGAUUACCCCUACAAUUUUAGGGAAUCCGGAGUCAAGGUAACAGUGACAUUGAGAAUGAAAAUAGUUUCUAUCAAUAAAUAGAGAGAACAUUGGCCUAGGAUUGACACACUUUGUAGGAUAGUUGCCUUUGGUUAGUUAAUGACCAUGUUGUAGGUCACAGUAUCCUUGAUACUUAAAAUUGUUCCUUAUAAAUACCUUAAGAAUACUUAGACCUGUGGCCAUUAAACUUUAUAGCAUGGUUGUAGAUAUCUGCUGUAGUUUGAGCAUCAGUAGGACAGAGAUCAUGGCCAGUUUAAAAUGGAUAUAAAGCUUGGGAAUGCUCUGACCCAUGAAAAUAUACUAGUAGGAUGAUUGUCUAGGGUCAGCUGAUGACUUCUAUAUUUUUGAGGGUUAUUGGGUCAAAGUUGAAGGUCAGAACCGACUAGAGAUUAAAAGUCCUGCACAUAGUUGCUGCCAGACAAGCUACCUUGGGGAGCAUAUUUGUUUUACAAAGAGACAUAAUUAUUUUCUUCAAAAAUGCCACAUUGUUAUGGUUCAUUAGCAUGCACAAACAAAAAGUUAUGUUAUAUAUAUUUUUUCAAAUAUAGUGUCCCAGAUAUGUGUAUACAUGUACAGAGGUUCAUAUAUAAAUAUAGAUAUUACUGAGCUGAUGUUGCACAAUUUCUUCUUUUCAAUAACAUAUUAAGUAUUUUCUUCAACUGUGGUUCUGUUUAGAUAGUAUUUUAUUUAAAUAGUUUGACAUAAUUACGUUGAACUCUGCAUUUGUGUACAUUUUUAUUCCAACAUCUAAAAGUUUUAAGCCAAAAUUAUUGUAAAGUAAUAGUUCAGAAUAAGUUCGUAAUGUAAUGUGCAUUUCAGGAUGAAAAUGCCCUUGAAAAUUGAAUGUUAGAUAGCUUUUGUUGACUCAUCAAAUUGAAAAUUUUCUCACAGAUGAAAAUGCAAGAUGUGCAUGUAUUUAAGCUAUUAUGAAAUCUCUAAAAGGAAAAAAAUAUUUUUAGAUAGUUACAAGAAUAACAUGUGAUCUCAAAAAUUGUUCAUUUUUAAAAGUUAUAACUUAUGUCAGCCUCCCUGCAAUUUGAAACACUGUCAAAGGUCAGUGCAAUUACUUAAUUUCAAAAGUUUUUUUUUUCAUCUUAAUGAUGUAAAUACACACACAUUGUAUAACUAUGCCAUGUGGACCAAUUGUUGUUAUAUCAAACAUUCAUACAAUGCAAUUUAUCUCAACCAGUCAUGUUUUUAUUGUUCUGUGUAUAUUGUUUAUGAAUAUUUAUGUAUAUUUUGUUCCUGUAAAUUGUUGCAGACCAAAAAUUGAUCUGUGUUUAAUAUUACAUGUUCAUGUAAAUAUUCAUUUUCAUCUCAUGUUUGUAUAAACCUUCACCUAGCACUGACCUAUGCUUUCUAUAGGCUUUUAUCUAUUAAGCCUAGUACAGUGAUUGUCAUGUUAUACAUAUUUUAUGAUAUUACCAUGUUCUCUUGCUGGAAUAGGAAAAGGUGUAGUUUUCACUGCUCUUUAAUUUUCUAAUCUUUUCACUAAAGUCUAUGAACGUAAUAAAAAAUUUACAGCAUCUUUAGGUAACUCUCAGUGUCUUGAUUGUAAAAUUAAAUGAAACUAAUUACUUACCACAUACACUGGCAAAAUAGUUAUAUUUACAUUCAUGAUUGUUCUAUAGUACAGUAUCUUACCAGUACAUUGUAAAUUUGAUCAGGACUACUUUUACUAAAACAGCUAUAAAAUGUAAAUAUUAUCCCAGAUUCCCAGAUAUUUCUUCUUCUUAGUGCUGUCACUUAUUCUUUCUGCUAUCUCAAAAUGUCUUGUUACAUUUUAAAAUAAAACAUUUCAUAGUUUGGCUGUUUCCAUUGAAAUUUAUAAAAGUUCAAAUUAUUGAAAACUUUGUUUGAUUGUAUCGGUUCUCACGAUAGGUAAUGAAAUGUGCAACACCUCUCAUGUCUUCUGUGCUGUAAAUGUGGAAGUUUACCAUACUUCCAACUUCGAAUGUACCUAGUGUUCUCAAAUGAGCAGAAAAUCAGUGUCAGAAUUUUAAAAAACUUACGUUUGGUCAUAUAGUUAUUCAAAGAUAGCAUGAUAAACGCUGCGCUUUUGAACGUUUAUUUUAUAGAUGAAAAGAGCGCUAUAAAAAUCUGGUAAAUAAUAAUAAUAAUAAUAAUAAUGAUAAGUUUUAAAUAAUCUCACAGAUUGGCAUAUUGCUUGUGGUUUAUGGUGGCAAGUGUUCAAGCUUUGAUUAAGUUGACAUUGUAAAAAAGUCAUUUUGUUUGUACACAUGUCAUUUGGUGUUUGUACUGACUUAAUCUAACCAAAGCAUUGUCAGUUGCUGGGGAAUUUCAUGGUACAACCAUGUAUUUACGGUUUAAACUGAGGUUUGACCUGCUGUUUCUCCCUUUUGGUUUGGCACAAUUAUGGCUAGACUUACGAUUUGUGUUUGUUGUUUUGUGAGUGAUUGUGCUGCUGGUUUCUGUUUUUAAGGCUGCUUGUGAUGAUUGCAGGAGUCAAACUGAUAUCAUGUAUACAAGGUAGGAAGCAAAAUGGUCAGGUUACAAGAGAUUCUUUGUUUGAAAUUAGUAGAAAGGGUCAGAUUGUAAUCUCCUGUUUUCAGUGUGAUGUUAUUUAAUAUCAUGUAUACUAGUGGUAAUUGUGCUGUUUGUUUUUGCUUGGAAUGGAUUUAUAUAGUAACACAGUUGGUAGAAUGACUGAAUUAGUUAUUUUGAUAAAUUGUCACCUUGGCUGUCUCAUUUGUGUUUGACUCUUGUUCUAGCUUAUUAGUAAUUGUUUAACUGUAUACUUCUGACUUGAAACCAGCCAUCAUUUUUUGAUUGCUCUUGAUGAUAAGUUGCAGUGUUGGUUGUUUCUGGGUGAGAGAUAUACCAGCUUGAUCAUGGACGGUAGUCAUGUUAUAGAAAUCCUAGAUUGUGCGAGUGUGUUGGUAUUGCUUUUUCCUUGCAUUUUACACAUUUUUCAUUAACAUUGUAGUUUGUCAUAUAUAAUUAAUGUUGAACAUGUUUAACUUUAAAUUUUAUUACAAAUGAAAAAUAUUUGUCACAUUAAAAUGUUGAAUUGCUGAA